AUGGUUGUGGUUAAAGAUCGCCUUGUUCAUGAAUUGAAUGAUAACAGUGCUACUUUAGAGUUUUUGGUUCAAGAUUCUGAAAAAUUGAAUGGGGUUGAUGAUAAAGGAAAACAUCAGAAUUUGUUUGCUAUUGAACCAGGUGGAAUGAUAAAUUCGUGUUUUGGAAAAACCAUUAGUAAAAGUAUGCUCUCUGUUAAUGAUGUUUUGAUAGAAGAAUUGACAGUUGAUUAUGAGGUUUUUCAAGAAAUAUUGAUUGAUAAUACUGUGAAUGUGAAAGUCAGUGAAGGUGAUUUUGUGGUUUUAGAAAAUGUUAUUAAGGAACCUGUUGGUACGACGUCUUUAGUCAUUGUUGUUGUUAAUUUUGGUUCCCAUCAUAGUGGUGAAAGGAUUUUAGAUGACUGUUCUGUGCCAUUGAAUGAUGUUUUCGCAGAUAUGAUGAGUUUGGUUGGUAAAGAUGGUGUGAUAAUUGUUAGUAACUCUGUUUGCGAGGAACGAGAAGGUUAUGUUUAUGUGGUGUGGAAUGUUUUGUUUAACUCAUUUUAUAUUGAUCCUGGUGCUCAUUCUUCGGUAAAUUCUGUUAAAGUAAAGGAAAAUUUCGAUAAAGAGGCUACUUCGUGUGAAGAUUCUGUUGAUUUGUUUAGUGCUUUUAAAGGCAGUAAUGAUAUGCUUGUCACGUGUGUGGAUCAUGUUGUUAAUCAGUCUACUGUUGGAGAAUCUAGAUUACUACUAAGUGGAUUUAAGGGAGAAACUACAAAUCUAAAAGUGAACUCGGACUGUCGGAAUCAUUUGGUUAUUACUUCUACAUGUGUAAAAAGGGAAAAUGAUAAAAGUUGUUUUGGUUUUCACUGUUAGUGAAGUCACUAAGUAUUAUCUAGCUACCAGGACCUGGAAUUUGGAUGACUGAUGGUG